AUGAUCGACCGGUGUAGCGGACUGGUUGACGGCCUCUCCAGACUUCAUCAGUAUGAGACCGGGGCCAAGGAUCAGACAGAGCCCCCAAAGAAUGAGUGUCUAGCGCCAAAUGUCGUUCUGGUCGAUGGUAAAGACUCUGGAAGGCCUGGGCUACUGUACGGGCGGCAUGAUUUCGGCCUGUCCGAAGUAAACAGUCGCUCUAGCAAGUUGAAGAGGCGGAGUCGUGUUCCGAAUUCCCCCGACCUACCGCCCCCAUUAGUGCGACUUGAGGAAGAAAUUCAUCAAACAAUCAUACGACAUAUGGACCCUUGCGUGUUUCUAUCUCGAAUUCGUCGCUUGGAUGCUAGGUGGGUUCAGGGGAGGAUCAUUACAACUGUUGAUAUGAGAUUCGAGAUCCAGAAUCCUCUGUACAUCUACAAGCGUUUGUCCAUCCCAUUGUAUUUAAAUUAUUUAUGA